GCCUCCCGCCUCCUCUCGCCGUCCUCUUCCUCCGCCUCCGCCUCCUCCUCCUCCUCCUCCGUCGCCGCCGCCGCGCACCAGGGGCCCCACCAUGUCCGAGGCGGCCGAGCAGCCGCAGCCGGUCCAGCAGCAACAGCCGCCGCCGCAGCCGCCGCCUUCGGUCCAGCAGGCGCCGCCGCCGGUGCAGCAGCAGCAGCAGCCGCCGCCGCCGCCGGACGCCGCCGCCACGGAGAACGGGCACGAAGCCGCCCCGGACGGGGAGCCGCCGGCCGAGGCGGGCGGGGGGACGGCGGCCCCCGCGGCCGGCAGCCAGAACGGAGGCGAAGGCGACCAGAUCAACGCCAGCAAGAACGAGGAGGAUGCAGGGAAAAUGUUUGUAGGUGGCCUCAGUUGGGACACAAGCAAAAAAGACUUGAAAGACUAUUUCACCAAGUUUGGUGAAGUUGUCGAUUGCACAAUAAAGAUGGACCCUAACACAGGACGAUCGAGAGGCUUUGGGUUCAUCCUUUUCAAGGAAGCUGCGAGCGUCGAUAAGGUUUUGGACCAGAAAGAACACAGACUAGAUGGGCGGGUAAUUGACCCUAAGAAGGCCAUGGCAAUGAAGAAAGACCCGGUGAAGAAAAUUUUCGUUGGCGGUCUCAAUCCAGAAGCCACAGAAGACAAAAUCAGAGACUAUUUUGGAGAGUUUGGGGAGAUUGAAGCAAUCGAACUCCCGAUGGAUCCAAAGACCAACAAGAGAAGAGGUUUUGUAUUCAUUACUUUUAAAGAAGAGGAGCCAGUUAAGAAGAUCUUGGAGAAGAAAUUCCAUAACGUCAGUGGGAGUAAGUGUGAAAUCAAGGUAGCACAGCCGAAAGAAGUGUACCAGCAGCAACAGUACAGCUCCGGGGGCGGAGGAGGUGGCGGUGGCGGCCGAUCCGGGAGAGGCAGAGCGGGCCGUGGAGGAGGUCAGAGUCAGAAUUGGAGCCAAGGAUACAGCAGUAACUAUUGGAACCAGGGCUACGGAAAUCAAGGUUACGGCUACCAACAGAGUUACGGCAGCUACGGAGGCUAUGACUAUUCCUCUCCGUACGGUUAUUACGGAUACGGACCGGGCUAUGAUUACAGUCAGGGCAGUGCAAAUUAUGGAAAGAGUGCAAGGCGUGGUGGUCAUCAGAAUAACUACAAGCCAUAUUGAACAAAUCUUAUUCAGUUAUCCCUAAUGAGGACCUGGACUCAUCCAAUUGUUGAGAGAUUCAGAUAAGCCAACCUGCUUGGACAACGCAAGGAGUGGGGUGUGCAGCUGAUAUGUUUUUGGGCCCAUCGAAUAGGUUGGCAUGCUGUUAAGAUACACAUUCAGAUAUGAUUCCAGCCAUAGCUUGGUGGGAAGACAAAUUUCAGAAUCAUGUUGGAGAGGGUCAAGUAUCGGUGAACUCACUGGCUAGGAAAUUAGAUAAUGGUACUGUACUGUCCAAUAAUGAUCAUGGUAUCUGUUACGUGAUUACUUUGUGCCAAGCACUGUACUGAGACGGUUCUAGUCCAAGAAGGACAGAGAACAGAUAUUGAUCAAAGGGGUUUUUGAACUCAGUUUGGGGUCCAGCACUCCUUGCCAGCUUGGGUGUGGCCAGGGCAUAGGGGACUGUUAAGGGCCCUUGGCCUUCUCCCCUUGCUGCCUUCCCCAGAGCCCCUCACUCAGUUUCAGAUGGCUGCAUCAGAUGUGCUUCCUCCACCACAGCCAAUGCAGGAAAAAGAAAUCCCCCAGCUUGGACAACGGGAAAAGUCCUGAUGCUUUCCCCUUCACUCCCAAAAGGGAGGGGGAAGAACUGACUUGCUGACCUCUACAUAGUGCUUGGCACAUAGCAAGUGCUUAACAAAUACCACAUUAUUAUCAUACCCUCAUUCCUUGUCUGCUUUAUAACUGGGGCCAACAACCAGCUUAUUUUGAAAAGCCCAGGCUGAGCUCAGAUACUGAAUACCACAACCUGUUGGUCCCUGCAGAUUGAGGAAGCGCUAUAUCCCGCUCACUCGGGGAAAUCGCAGUUCCCUGCUCGGUGAUGCUGUCCUACUUACCAGGCCGGGCUGCUGGGAGUCUCGCCCCUCGGUGACCUCACUGCCACCCCCGCCGCAGCGUUUCACAGCUCCUCAUCUCCUGUUCCAUGUCUGCCCAGGGAUGAGGGACAGAGGGACAACAUACAAUUUAGCUGCUGUGCGGGGAGCAAGACAUCAAAACAUGCUUGGGAGUUUCAGCUCUUGAAGCUGUUAGGACAUGUAAAAGUGGAUCCCACAGCCCUUCCACUAGGGCAGGGAGUUUGGGGUGGCCCAAGUUGGACUGUUUUGUUGUGUGGACAGUCCUCUGAGCUCCCUUUCACCUCUGGCAAAGAGGAUCUGCAGGGUUAGGGGCUCUCUUGGGAGCAGAGCAGAGAUCCUCUCUCCCUUCCCCAGUUCCCUGGAAUGCCCAAUCCCUCCCCAGUCCUCCACAGGAAGCAGGGCAGUCACCAGGUGUCCCUCAUACCUCCAAAGCCCGGGCAGCUGAGGGGGCAGAGAGUCCCCUGCACCAUCCCAGAUCCGGGAUCCAAGGAAGAGGCUCUACCCACCCAACAUCAGUGGCAGAUAAGCCCACCGGGUGGCUUUUGGAUGGAAGGUGCACCUGGUACUGCCUUAGGGGGGGCCCUGCUGGGCUUGGCGAGUGGGAGAAUGAGGCUUGGGGGUGGAAGGGAAAGGCAUGCGACAUCCCCAAUUGUAAGAGACCUCUUCCUGGACAGAUUGGGCAGGGGUAGGCCGGCCCAGGCCCGGGGCUGCUCACCUGUCAGAAUCUGGUCUAUUUUGGCCACGACCCGCUUGGCGUCAUCCGUGCUGAAGCACAUCGGGGGCUUAAAUUUGAGCACGUUCCUCCCGGGUCCAUCAGUACUCAGCAGAAUGUAGUCAGUUUUUAACCUGGAAGGGUAAGGACCGGAGACUUGGGUUGGCACGCUGCCAGUGGGUUGAUAAACCCUUAACAAAUACCUUAUGGAUAAUUAUUAACUCUGGGAUUGCCUGCUCGCUUCAGACCCAGCAUCUUCCUCGCACAGACCGAUCCUGGGGCUCGGGGCUCAGGGCUCUGCUCUUGGAUAGGGUGGAACCCCCGGGUUCCAAUCUGGCCUCUUUGAACUGAGGACUUCUGGAACUCAUCUCCCCCAACCACCUACCUGGCCAACCUCAGAGUGAGUGAGUGUGUUUCAUUCACUUCUAUCACUAGACUUAAGUAAUUUACAGAAGCCUCAGUCUGAGAACAGCCAGGUGACUCCAGCCCCCCCCCCCCCCCCCCCCCCACUUCCCUGUUCACAUUCGGCAAUUUAUGGUGCCUGUCUUCUCCCCGGUGACCAGAUGGCUUUUCCUUCCGUUCCCACAUGCUUAGCGCAGUGCUGCUCCCAGUAGAUGUCAAUAAAUGCCAUUGUCUUC